CUACAAAAGAGAAGGUGCUCGCUGCAGAGCCAAGGGGUGGAGCAAAGCUCCAGCUCCCCCUCGCUGGAUCUAGUGGGCGGAGCUUGAGCUAUCCACGCGCAGAUAGUCGUCAGAACUCGUAAAGUUUGUAUCGCACGAUGCAUCCUACAAUACUUGCGGGAGGACAGGACCCCCUGCUAUCUUACUGAUAGAUGCAAAGUGUGUUGCACAAAAUACCAUUGUGCCUACUGUAAAUCGGCUUUUAACCAUUUACACGAGCUACAAAAUCAUGUAAAUAAUCAUAUGGUAAAUGCAGUUCAACAAGAAGAUUUUAUCAUCAUCAAGUGUGGACUAAACUGCAGACCAACACCACACUUUCACUGCUGCUACUGCAAUUCAAUUGUGAUCAGAAGGGAUGGUUUUAUUAAACAUCUUAAAACCUGUAGAAGUAUGACAUCCAGACAGCGUCCAUUGCCAACAGCAGAACCACCACCAUCCCUAGCAUCAGCAGCACCUCCUCCAUCCCCAGCAUUAACAGCACCACCAUUGCUAGUAUCAGCAGUACCACCACCAUCCCCAGCUUCAACAGCAGCACCAGCAUCUCCAGUACCACCACCAUCCCAAGCAUCAGCAGCACCACCACUAUUGCCAGUAUCAGCAGUACCACCACCAUCUCCAGCUUCAACAGCAGCACCGCCAUCCGUAGCAUCUCCAGUACCCCCACCAUCCCAAGCAUCAGCAGCACUACCACUACUGCCAGCAUCACUAGUACCACCACUAUCUCCAGCUUCAACAGCAGCACAACCAUCACCGGUACCACCACCAUCCCAAGCAUCAGAAGCAGCAUCAACAGUACCAACCCCACCAGCAUCACAAAGAUUACGUGCCCGGCAACAAGUCAGGGUGACUUGUACACACUGUGGCAUUUCAAUAAAUCAAAGGAACUUGCAGGUUCAUAUUAACCGAAAACACAGGCAAAGGGUAAUUGAAAUUACACCAAAACGGCACCUAUCAUGUCAAUGCAUUGAUGCCAAAAAUGGCAUCUUUGCUGUUGAUAAAUCAUUCUUUAAGCCAUGUUCUCCUAUACAUGUUCAAAAACAAACGUGGGGUGCAAGCCAAAAAAUAAUCUGUGAAUUGGAUGAAUGCAACGCAAAUGCUGAAUUUGCAGUGAGGAGUGGAAUUGUUCCUUAUGAGUGCAUUCAUCUCAGAUCGUUGCUCUUCUGUCCCCGCUCGGACACCACACCCAUCAUUUUAGAGGUAGAGGUGCUGUCAGAAAUGGUUGCUUCUAGGCUAUUUGGGGAAGCAAGGAAGCAGAGCUGCUUAAACCAACAAAAAGCAGCAACUGAUGCAGGUGUUCCACUUUCUGUUGAGGUGACUGUGGGAGGGCCUGCAUCCAAAAAGUUAAUUUCUAUAUAUGAGCCAAAAGUAUCAUACCACAGCAGACUUGGGAGAGUAAUAGCAGCAUAUGAUUCAAAAAAGAAGUCUUGGCACUGUCCAUGUGCCAAAGCACGACAGUCAUGUCUCCAUAAAGCAAUCGCAAAAUGGCAUCUUUUUAAAACUGACCGACAACUGUUCAUGACUGCAGAGAGUGAUGUCAGGCCAGAUUCAGCGGUAAGUCAUCAAGACACACAAGAAUCUGUAUGCAAAGCAAAGCCAGGUGAAGAUGCGGGACAAGCAUAUCCUCCUGAUGACGCAGGCCUUCGAAGGAUGGUUCACUAUUUAAUGCAAAAAAAAGGUCUUCCUGCCCAGCUACCCCAGCAUUUGGUCACUGGCUCCAGAUCUUUGCAAGAUCUUCCAAGACAAUUGAUGCCAAAAGAAACUUCAUGUGUGGAGUGUGCCGGGCAUCUUAGUGAGCCAAUGCUCAUAACAGCAAAUGCCAAACUUGUCACAUAUACUGGUGUUGUAGAUGGCUUUUCUACAUACUGCAGGGCAUGUCCUGACUGUGGGCUGAUGUACAGAUAUCAAGAAUGGAGUGAUGGAAUUCACAAUUUCAAUGACCACAUUCUCAUCACCCUUCAUUUGUGUAUCAUACUAAGUACAUCACUUCAGACUCACCAUUCUGUAAGCCGAGCAAUUGAAGUCCUUGAGCAGACCGAAAAUAAGACCUUCCCUAAAAAAGCCACAAUACUCCAUGCCUACAUGCACUUUGAAGCCCUGACCUAACACAACUACUCAUAUAUUUGUUUCAAAUGUGGAUAACAUCCACCAGUAGUGGUCAUGGACCUUCACAGAAAGGGUGUAUUCAAUAUGCCUGUAAGUGAAAUGGAGGCUGUACCAGCACACUUUGAUGGCACUGUCGAUAUCAGACGAUUUUGGGACUCUGUGACAUCUGAAAUCAUUUGCAGUGGCUUACUAACAAGUGGUCGAAAGAACCCUUUUGUGGUUGUUCCAAGUUAUAAUUACUGGGCUCCUUGGAUUGGACCAAAAACUAGAAAGGGGGACACUGUGUUAAACACAGAACAUGAAAAGUGUCAUGCACCAAGGCAGGCUACUGAAAUGGCUGAUCUCCAAAUGACAGAGGAGAGGCUCCAAGAUGCACUAAUUAAUCUCAGGGUGGACAUGGUUCGAAAGCUGUGCAAGCAAUGUGGCCUGGACUCAAAAGGCUCAAAAAUGGACCUUAUCCUAAGAUUGCGGGAAGAAAUGAAGAAUAGGUCAUCUUACGACAAGAUCUUUGAGAAAGUCUGGGGAGCUUCAGGUGGCUGGGCAGUUGUUAUGUGCCCCUGUCGAGUGGUCUACUCAAUAAAAUUUAAUUUAAGAGCAGAGAGUCCCAGAGACUAUGCUGACAUGUUGCUUAGCUGGAAGCACUUCCCAAACAUUGCCAUAUAUGACUUUGCAAGGGGAUUGGCAACACACACUAACUUGAGGGAGCCUGAAAAUUUGCCAUUUAGUCCACAUGAGGGGCGGCUGGCUGAAGCAACUGCAGACAAUCUACAAUUGGCUGCCGAGGGAAGGCUAAAGGUCAGUUUACCAUAGCUUAAAACUAAGAAAACAGAAACAGAUGCAAACGGCCACCCAAUCACUGGGUCAUCUGACCACUACACCCUGUACGACGUUUUCCAUGAGCGGAAUACAAAGGAUGCUAAAGAUGCCCUUAGAAGGAUUGCACUUGUUCCAGAACUGGCUGGCUGGGUUAACAGCCAGUGCGCCGAGCAACUAUUUUCAGACAUGAGAAAGAACAACUAUUUUUUGAAUACCCUCACACCUUCUGAGCACAUCUUCAUGAUGCGGAACAUACUGCACCACUACAACACAAAAUGCAAUAACAAAACUAAAACCAGCAUCCAGAAAGUAGUGGGCAAAGAUGUUCAACUGCAGUUGGAUCACAAUGGGCAGAUAGUAGUUGGCACAGCUGCACAGAUAGCUACUGAAAGAGAUGAAACAACACAAUCUAUUGCUAAUCAGUGCUUUCAGCUCAUAGCUGCACUUGCAGCUUCACAGGGCAAAGAUGUGUUUGCUGUCAACAGUUAUGUGGUGCUGACAUGGUUGCCUCCAUAUGACAAUGAUCCUAGGGCAGCUAUACCUGAUGAUGCUGCAACCAAGGAUUUUAUUUUACUUCCUUCAUGGGAGUCAGGGCACUGGAUUCUAUGCAUCCUCAAGCUAAAGUCAAGGGAGAUUUUCUUUUUUGAUUCGAUGAACCCCAAUUACUUUGGACAAGGGAGCUACAUUCAUAUUUUCAGGUGUGAGGAGUGACAGAAUAAUACUUUCGACAUCAUGAACUGAACUGUGACUUCAUGAACUGAACUGUGUCACACAGUAUGAAAUACAAUUGGCAAAUCACGUUUCUCCCGGCCAUUGGAACAUGUCUGCACUGACAGAUUUUGAGGGUGCACCACUUCAGCUGGGAGGAAGUGAUUGUGGGG